UUUAAAUAUUAAUUUAAAAAUAUAAAUAUAUCCGCACGGAUGUGCAGGUUAAUAUCUAGUAUCAAUUGAUUGUAACUUUUAAGUACGAUCAAAAUACUAUAUGCUCUAAUAUAAAAUUAUGCAAGAGGAGAAGUUUGGUUGUUAAGUUUUAAUUAAGUUUCGUAAUUGCUUCCGACAUGCUAAUGAUUGAGAAGUCGCUCGGUGUGUCCUUUCCGCAAACUCAUGGAUAUGUCUACUUCUGUCUUCUUCAUUACAUCUCUUGCUGCCUACACUGUGAGUACAAAAUUGGGUUAUAUGCUAUGAGUCGAAAUGUGAUCAAUUUUAUCAGAACAAAUAUAUUUAUUCACCACAAUUUUGAGUAGGUUAAAACGUAACACCAUUUAAAUUUGUAAAAUGAACAAUUCUAAGUGUGUUUCAAAAAAAAAAAAAAAGAACAAUUCUAAGAAAAUAAUAUUAAAACAGAGCGAAAGUAUUGGGCCUUAGUAGGCCUCAUGGGCCAAAAAGCAAUGAAAUGAAUAAACACCCAUACGGGACUUUGUUCUUCCUUCCACGUUGGUCUCCGACUCAUCGGUGGCCGACGUUGCCAGUGAUUGUGAAACCAAACUCAUCCCUUGUCUUGUAUGCACCAUAAAGAAAAAAAAAUCAGAGUUUCUCCGUUGCCAUUUGGGAAAGCAGUUGAUCUGAGUCAGGAGGUUUAGAAGAAUGUCACGGUUUAGAUCAUUGUGGCAAGCCUCGGUGAAUGCAACAAAGAAAGCUCUAACGUGGGAACUCGAGGAAAUGGUACCGCCUGCGGAGAAGUGUAUAUUCAAGUUCAGUUCAAAAGAAGACCUGAAGAGAUGGCACCUUUAUUCUGAUUCUGAGUAUGGAGGAUUAUCUUCGGCUUCAUUGGAGAUGAAAGAUGGAGGAAAUGGAUCAGACUGCACUGGUGUGUUCUCCGGGAACCUCUCUACGGACAUGAGCGAAGGUUCAAAAUGGAGUAUUAACCGGAGUGGUUUCUGUGGAAUGCGCUCAAAGAAGUUUGAUGGCUUUAUUGAUCUCGACGGGUAUGAUUCCAUAGCCAUGAGGCUUAAAGGAGAUGGAAGAUGCUACAUCUCUACGAUAUAUACAGAGAAUUGGGUAAACUCGCCAGGACAAGCAGAAGAUAACUCAUGGCAAGCUUUUGUUUUUGCUCCAAAGGGAAACUGGUAUACAGCUAAGGUUCCUCUAACUCGCUACUUGCCAACAUGGAAAGGAAACGUGAUAGAUGCAGACAUGGAGAUGAAUCCAGGCCGUGUUGUGGGUAUGUCUCUGUCAGUUAACUCACAAGGAGGUGGUUUCAUUGGCGCUAAACUAGGCUCAGGCGAUUUCAGAGUCGAAAUUGACUGGAUCAAAGCAUUGAGAAUGCCAUGAUGAAUGAUGCCGACAGAAAGAAACUGAAGUUCUCUGGUUUGGUUUACUUGUAAAACCGGGAUUUGGGUUAACCGGAUCAAAGUUGGUGGACAAAAGGAAACGUUUGUGAAAUGACACUUACAAGUUACAGCAAGUUGUCUUGGCUUUAGUAGAACAUAAGAGUCAAUGAAUAAAAUUACAUGGGCCAUAUUAA